UGCCCUUUUAAUUUUUUGUUAAUUUGGUUUUCGAAACAAAAACUCAAACAUUCUAUUGAUAAUUGGAGAAAACAACCUUGUAUUUCUUCUUUUGGCGUUUAGAUUAGACAGAUAUUACACUGUUUGAUUUGAUCUUAGAUGGCGUAUGAUCAGAAUGCGUUACCUAAUAGUUUACGCCCAAUUCAUAUAGCUAGAACGCUGGGUGAAGAAUAUCGCAUUGUGGCUCCUGUAACCCUACCCACUAACAAUCCCCUACCCCGUGAAGUGCCAAGCGUUACCCCUGCUACCAUUCCGGUUUAUCAUCCUUCAACAACGCCUGUUGCUGCUGCUGCUGUUGCUGCUGCGGAUGCAGGCUAUGUGGGUUUGAAUUGUGGAAAUGUAGUUCCAGCAGUGGCUAAUUGGUUGCCGCGUAUGCCACCGCCGGUUACUUCUGGGAUAGGUUUGGUACCUGGGUAUGGGUAUAGCACUAGUUUAGUCCCACGCGGUUAUGAUCCCAGUUUGGCACCGGUUGGUGGUGGUGGUGGUGGUAGUAAUGCCUCUGAUCAUACCAGUGAUGAAGGUGGAGAUGAUUCCGUUUCAGGGAGGAAAGUUAAGUUCUUGUGUAGUUAUGGGGGUAAGAUUUUGCCUAGACCUAGUGAUGGAGUGCUACGAUAUGUUGGUGGGGAUACUAGGAUUAUUAGUGUUAGGAGAGAUGUGGGGUUCAAUGAGUUGCUUCAGAAGAUGUUUGAUUCAUAUGGACGAAAUGUUGUUAUUAAGUAUCAAUUGCCUGAAGAGGAUCUUGAUGCACUUGUUACAGUUUCCAGACCGGAUGAUUUAGAGAAUAUGAUGGACGAGUAUGAUAAGUUGGUUGAGAGAUCUUCUGAUGGUUCAGCUAAGCUGAGGGUGUUCUUAUUUACGGAACUUGAAUCUUCUAGUGUGAUCCGGUUCAAGGAUUUACAAGAUAGUGGACAGAAAUACGUGGAGGCAGUGAAUGGAAUUGGGGAUGGUUUUGGUGGUAGUAGUGGUGGUGGUGGUGGUAGUAGUAGUGGUGCUGGUUUUGGCAGGAAGGGAAGCAUAGCGAGCGCUUCCUCCACACAGAAUUCAGAGUUGAGCGGGACUGAGGGCGGUGCUGAUAGCAUAGGACAUGAUCAGGGGGAGGUGAAUGGCCCACCAUCCGCUGGUUUGUUAUCUCCUGGUGGCAGUUCUGCUAGCGGUGUUCCUGUUGCUAAAUCUGUUACCGUUCCAGCUUCACCUUCUCAAUCAGAGCAUGAGUUGGAAAUAUCGGAAAGAAUGAUGCCUGUUCAUGUACAUCAACAGCGACAAUUGGGCUAUGAUUUACAACAACCUGGAGCCACCAUUCCUCCACCAGCACCUUAUGUCCAGUCUUAUGUUGAUCCUCGCCAUGGGACCUUCAACCGUACAGAGUACGUACAGGUGCCAGCAGCCCAAAUGGGGUUCCCAUCUCAGGUUAUGGGGACUGUUGGCCCAGUAUAUUCCCAACCACAACUCUAUGAUAAUGUCGUUGGAAUGAACCCACAUCAGUUUAUUCCUCCUAUGCACAUGACAUCUCCUUCCACGCAUAUCAGUUUCAAACCAAAUCCAGUUCCCAUUCCGGUUCCAGUUCCAGUUCCUCAACUUGUGCAGCAACAAGAGGUUCGAAUGGAGCAUUUUCCUGAGGUUGGGCAGAGGAUUGUCCAUCUUCCUAGUGAUCAAAGCUACACUAUGUAUCAACAUCAACCUCAACCUCAAUCUCAAUCUCAAUCUCAAUCUCAAAUCCCUACUCCAGUAAUUCCUGGACCUUAUGGUUGGAAUCCAGUUCCGUCCCCUGAACAAGUGCCCUUUUCUGAGGGCCGGGUACCCACUCAACAGUUAUUAUACCCAGAGACAGUGCCUAGAUUUGAUGGAUGUAUAAUGUGUCAAAAAGCAUUGCCCCAUGCACAUUCUGAUCCUAUGGCACAUGAGCGUAGAGGAAGUCCUAGAUCUACAGUAUCUGACAUGAAUCCAGUUUAUCAGAGUAUGAGAUUGGAGGAUACCAGAAGAAUCAUGCAACCUAACAGGGUUCCUGCAAGUGGAGCCCUUGUGGACAGUAAUUUGGAAAUGCAAGGCGUUGGUGUUCGAUCAAGAUAUGACGACCAUGAAGCAGGGAGGCCUCAAUUUGAGGGAGUGAUGCCCUUAUAUGCAGUUCAAGGGCAAUAUGUAAAUGAUAGGACUAUUUCUCAGAGAGCUGAAACUGGUGAUCAAGCUAUGGUAUCGUCUCCCCUGAGUGUAGUAGGAUUGGCUGGUGAGAUGCAAUCUCCAUAUGGUGUAUUGCUCCAUCCUGUUCCACAUGCUGGCCAUGAAAGUUUACUCCAACAAUCUGCUGUUACGAUGCAAUCUCAAGCAAAACAGGAGACAGUGGUUAAUACACGGGUUAGUGGUGAUUCAAAUUCUGCUGGAGUUCCCUCCCCAACUUCAGACAGCCAGGUUCAUGAAUCUCCAAGGGAGUAUCCUGGUAAUUUUCCUAUAAUUGUACCUAAAGAGGAUAAUGUGGAAUCUGGCUUUACGUAUGAUAGUCUGAUACAAAUUGAUGCGAGGAUGAAAGACCUUCGAAUACGCCCUCAUGAAGUUCUUGUAAACAAUGAUCAGAGUAGCUUUCGUGUUGAAAAUCCGCGAGAGGAUGUCUUGGAAAAUAGACCCAUGGAUAUUGGUGGGAAGGAGCUGAACCUUGAUAACCCUCUUGGUAAACCCCAAAUGGUUCUUGAUGCAAAUUACAUUACACAAAAUGAAAUGAUGCCUUACUCCUCUGAGGUUCCACGGUUGCAUGGCUUCCAACCAAUGGAGUCAUAUGGAAUGGCUCAACAACCUCUAUAUAGUAGUCCGGAGUAUCCACAUGCAUCGGUUGCAAUGGUUGGUAACGAAGGCAGUUCUGCAUUUUCUGGUGUUGAUUCAGCCCAUAUGACUGAAGGAAACUCACCUGUUAGUGAAUGGAAUGUAUACCCUUUACAGUUUGAUCGAAAAAGUGAUGUGGAGCCUGAGCUAAUGGAUUCCCUCAAUCCAUUUAAUGGGUCCGAUGAAACCCAAGAUGGCACAAGCUCACUCUUCAGCAACCAGGAUCCUUGGAUGUUGCGGCAUGAUUCCCAUUUUCCCCCACCUCGACCCAACAAAUUUCUGACGAAAAAAGAAGCUGUUGCUAAGGAAGCUUUUGUUGACAAUCGUCUUGGCCACAGUGGAGAAUCACCUACAGGAGACAUGUCGGUGGAUGAUGGAGCUUACCAGCCAAAUGCUAAUUUGGACUUGAAUUUCAGUGUGGAAGAUGGUCAUUCUAAUAUAGGUUCCGCUGAGGAGUUGAUCAAACAAGAACUUCAGGCGGUUGCUGAGGGUGUGGCUGCUUCUGUGCUUCAUUCAUCAACACCCUCUAAUCCUGAUUCAAGUAGACAUGGAAGGAGCGAACAUGCCUUGGAAUCCAACCAAAGUGGUGAAGCUCAGAAUAGUAAUGCAGACGUGCAGCCAGGAGACAAAGAUCUGAAAACAAAACUUCCAGAAAAGACAAAUCUUGGGUUUCCGGUUUCAGAUGGCCUUGGUCGUUUGCAGAUAAUAAAGAACAGUGACCUUGAAGAGCUUCGUGAACUGGGUUCUGGUACGUUUGGAACUGUUUACCAUGGAAAGUGGAGAGGAUCUGAUGUUGCGAUCAAACGAAUAAAUGAUAGAUGUUUUGCUGGGAAAGCUUCAGAACAAGAGCGCAUGAGGGAGGACUUCUGGAAUGAGGCAAUCAAGCUUGCGGAUCUUCAUCAUCCAAAUGUUGUAGCUUUUUAUGGGGUUGUACUUGACGGUCCUGGUGGCUCUAUUGCUACUGUAACUGAGUACAUGGUUAAUGGCUCUCUUAGAACUGCUUUGCAAAAGAACGAGAGGAAUCUGGAUAAGCGUAAACGUCUGCUAAUUGCCAUGGAUGUUGCCUUUGGGAUGGAAUACCUUCAUGGAAAAAACAUCGUACACUUUGAUUUAAAGAGUGACAACUUACUUGUCAAUCUCCGUGAUCCACACCGUCCAAUAUGCAAGGUUGGAGACUUGGGUUUAUCCAAAGUGAAGCGUCAAACGCUAAUCUCAGGUGGUGUGCGUGGAACACUUCCAUGGAUGGCACCAGAGCUCCUAAAUGGCAGCAGUAGCCUUGUUUCGGAGAAGGUUGAUGUAUUCUCAUUUGGCAUCGUCAUGUGGGAACUUCUUACUGGAGAUGAACCAUAUGCAGACUUGCAUUAUGGGGCUAUCAUUGGUGGGAUUGUGAGCAACACACUACGACCUGCGGUGCCAGAAUCGUGUGAUCCAGAAUGGAGAAUAUUGAUGGAGAGGUGCUGGUGUGCAGAGCCAUCAGAGAGGCCAAGCUUCACGGAGGUAGCGAACCAGUUGCGAACCAUAACCUCAAAGGUGCCACCAAAAGUACAAGCAUAUCAGUAGGUGGGGGUGGUUUUCAAAAUACAUACACAAGUUUAGUAGCUGUUUUUAUAAGUCUCGUGCGCAUAUCGGGUAUUUACCGAUGGUAUAUCUACUACAGAGAAUGUAUUUCUGCUAAAAUAGAACAGAGUUGCUGCUGUUUUGCCAUCACACACACACACACCCCCAUGUUAGGAAUCAACAUGUUAUGCGAAUGUGGGUUUUGCAUUUGGGCAAAUAAGAAAGUUGAUUUUUUU